AUGGUGGUGAUUACACAAAGUACAUUUCAGCCUAAGAUGCCUGAAACUAGAAGAGUUGAAGCUGACCUCCAAAAGGAAAAUGUAGUUAACAUUCCAGACGUUGAUGAAACAAUAGAUGAUCGGCCCAUUCCAGACAUUAGUGAUCAAUCAGAAACAAAUUAUUAUGAAGGGUUUCUUGAUCUAGGAUUCAUGCCACCAGUUGUUGUUCUUAUUGUGUCUUUGAAUGUCAUCUACCCUGAUUCAUACUUUCAGGGGAGAUUCCUUAAGGAACUAAUAGUGAUAUUGAUGUUGAUCAUCUUAAUCCCCAAGGGGAGCUCAAUCUUUGAAAAAGGAAGGCUUCCUCCUCAAAGGGAGUCCAUGAUGCUAAAGCUAGAAGUUCUACUACUAACGAUCCUUCAACACCUCCUCCUUCCAUUAAAAGAAAUCUCAUUUUUUUAUCUGAAUUAA